CACCAAAGCCCCGCCCCUCAGGUUCCACUCUCUCUCUAUCCCUUCUUCCCUUCAUGUGUAUUUACGUGAGCAGAAUCCCGCCACCCGGAAGUUUCCGAUGGAUGAUGUUGGCGAUUACAGCGCGCUGAUUUGCUCGUCCAUUGCGGCUCCGCUGGCGCUCAGUGAACCGGCUGCGCGGGGAUGUCCGGCCGUGUGAGUGCUCCUCCGGCAUGAAGCAGGGCUCUCCGUGACUCCUCCAGGAUGCUCCGGCUGUUCGCGGCUCUGGUGGUCCUCGGGCUGCUGCUCGCCUGCUUCACUUCCUGGCUCUUCGACAGCUAUGACGGCGCCUGGCACCCGAAACGCAGCUUAUUCCCCCAGUCCGGGCGCAGCGGCGGCCCUCCGCACCCCGGCGGACAGCGGGACAACAUCUUUUGGUUCGUGCAGGUGUCCGACAUCCAUAUCAGCCGUUUCCACGAUCCGAGGCGCAUCCCAGACUUCGAGAAGUUCUGCACUGACACUAUUGACGUCAUUAAACCUGAUCUUGUGCUGGCCACAGGGGACUUGACAGAUGCAAAGACUGAGAGUAAAAUGGGCUCUCUUCAACAUGAAGUGGAGUGGCAGGCCUACCACAACGUCCUGAAAAGAUCUCGAGUGCUGGAACGCACAAAAUGGAUUGACAUUCGUGGAAACCAUGAUGCCUUUAAUAUCGUUUCUCUGGAGAGCGUGAACAAUUAUUACAGGAAAUACUCUGCCAAUCAGAAAGUAGGAUCCUUCCACUACGUACACAGAACUCCCUUCGGGAACUAUUCGUUCAUUUGUGCUGAUGCCACUCUGGUCCCGGGACCAAAACGGCCUUAUAACUUCUUUGGGAUUAUCGAUGAGUCUCAGAUGGACAUGUUGGAGACCUUCAGAGAGGAGAGCCUGAGCAGUAACAAGUCCAUCUGGUUUGGACAUUAUACCACAUCCACUGUCAUCUCCCCCUCCCCAGGAAUCCGAGAGCUCAUGAGUACAGCUGUGGCAUAUUUGUGUGGGCACCUACACACACUGGGAGGCUUCAUGCCGGCUCUGCACAGUCGCCAUCAAGGUGGCACCCUGGAAUUAGAGCUGGGAGACUGGAUGGACAAUCGCAGGUACAGGAUUUUGGCUUUCGACCAUGACCUGUUUAGCUUCUCCGACUUGACGUUUGAGGACUGGCCCGCCAUGCUGAUCACCAACCCUAAAGACGCACAGUACCUGCAACCAGGAGUGGAGCCUCUGGGUCGAAUCCGCAGUUCCACUCACAUCAGGGUCCUUGCUUUCUCUGAAUCCCCCAUCACAGCCGUGUACGUGAGCGUGGACGGAGUUACACUGGGAAAAGCAGUCAGCGCUGGAGGUCCUCUAUAUGUGCUGCUCUGGGAUCCAAUGCACUACGCUACAGGACUGCACACUAUCAAAGUCAAAGUGGAGGACUCUGCAGGCCGCUCAAAAGUGCGUGAGCAGCAGUUCACGCUGGAGGAAGAGCUCACUCCCAGCUUCGGCUUCGUGCAGUCCUUUAUCCUCCUCACAGACCACUACAUACUGGCACGGAUCGCUUUCGUAGUAAUAGUUUUACUAAACCUUGGUGGGCUUGUACUCUUCAGAUUUAUGCCAGUCUCUUCAACAAGAGGACUGUCCUCUCAAGCCUGGAUGUCCCUGCAUCUGGUCAGCAAGAGCAACGUGUUCUUCUACACUCUGCUGCUGUUCAAUCUGUGUACAGCAUUAGGUCCGUGGUUCAUUGGGGAGGUCAUUGAUGGACACAUUGGCGUCUGCUUUGCUUUCGGUGUGUUUGUGGAUGGGCAUUUCCUUGAAGGCAGCCUGACGUAUGUUGUGGGAUUCAUUCAGGUGCUGUUCUUCAAUAUGCCCCUCACCUAUUACCUCUGCUGGAGUCUCCACCACAGGUGUCGCGGCACCAACUUCCGCUCUCAUUUCUGCCGGCCGGGCUGCCGAUGGAGGACUCUGGCAGUACACCUCGGCAUGCUGGUCCUCAUGAUCUGGCAGGCCUAUUCAUGCUACUUCCUGCUGGAGACCUACGGGUCGCUGGCCUUCUUCAUGUCACCUGUACGCACCUGGGCCCUCCUCAUGGGCCUGCUGCUGGUGUACAGGGCAUGGUGGGGGAAACCCCUGCGCUUCUCCGAUGGCAGCAAAACCAACCGGCCGUUGUGACGGUGACCGAUUCACCUCGUCUGUAUCGUUGUGCCGGGCGUUGUUUUGUGCCAAACUCUUCCCUCCUUUCGACAGAUUUCCAUUAGAGAUAUCGAAAAUAGUACUUCGUUGUAUUGGAGCGAUGAUGACAUCACUAGCGGAUGACGGAGCUGUCUGAAAGUUCACUAAUACACGUCGGUAGGUUGCCAGUUUCCACCGUUGUGAACCCGAGCAGUUGUGUGAGGUUUAUUCCGUUGAUAAACUGAGCAUUGCGUACUUGUCA